AUGCCACCUCGCAAACGCGCACUCGACGCUGCUGGGGAUGGCGAGCCCACCGCGAAGAGACGCUCGUCCCGCCAGGCAACAGCCGCCGCCACAGCGUCAGCAGCGACGGCACAGCACAAGGCAGCCACAGCAUCAGCCAAGGCUGUGCCCACCACCACGACGGCCAGGAAGCAGGAGAAGAAGAAGCCUGCCUCCUCCAAAGAUCCCGCACCAGCCACAAAACCCAAGCGCCGUGUCGCCACAAAGACCAAGCCCAAGCCCAAGGCCAAGUCCAGGGGGACGCCCAAGGCUGAGGCUGAGGACGAGGCGGCGGCUGACAUCGACGAGGCAGAGAAGAAGCCUUCAGCCUCGGGGGGGAGGGACGUGACGCCAGACCCAGACCCAGCGUCCCUCCCGGUCCAGAACCCGGAGACCGUCCGCCACGACGGCGAGUGGUAUUGGCUCAUGAAGGCAGAGCCCGAGUCGCGCUUCGAGGGGGGCGUGGAUGUGCGCUUUUCCAUCGACGACCUGCGCGCAUGCACGAAGCCAGAAGGAUGGGACGGAAUCAGGAAUUAUGCAGCACGCAACAACCUGCGAGCCAUGAAUGCAGGCGACAAAGCCUUCUUCUACCACUCCAACUGUAAGACCCCCGGCAUCGUGGGCACAAUGGAGAUUGUGAGAGAGCACUCAGAAGACAGUAAGGCCCCUCCACACACACACACACACACCAAACCCCUCCCAUCGUUUCGUGACAUGUCGCAAACUCACGCAACUAUUUACAACCUAGAGAGCGCCCGACGCCCGGGAACGCCAUACUACGACCCCCAGUCCACCCGCGACAAGCCCAGGUGGAGCCUCGUGCACGUCGAGUUCCGGCGCAAGUUCGCCGUGCCCAUCUUCCUCCCCGAGCUCCGCGACCUGGGCGCGGCGGGCGGGCCCCUCGCCCAGAUGCAGCUGAUCAAGCAGUCGCGGCUGAGCGUGAGCAGGGUCAGCGGGGACGAGUGGCGCGCGCUGUGCGAGCUGGCCGACAGGAAGGCCAAGGACGCCGGGCUGGAGCACGAAGAUGCGUGA